CCUGAAAGACAAACACUCAAAUAUACACAAGUGAUAUUUGAGAAGAGAUUGUGGAAAUCUGAGAUACUUUGAAGAAGAUUUGCGCUAACCAAAAGAACACAGGAAGGAGAUGAGACAUUUCCUGAGUUUCUACAUCUUUUCCUUAGUUUUACUAAACCAUGUUUUUAGGGCGACAGGUUUCGAUUCUGCCACAGCUCCAGGUGACAUUAUUAUUGGGGGAUUGUUUCCCAUACAUGAAAGUGUUGAUGUCACCACGAGAGAGGAUGGCACUGAAAGCAGGAUUUGUAACAGGUUCAACAUAGCUCGGCUGGUCCAGUCUCUGAUUAUGGUGCAGGCGGUGGAGGAUGUAAAUACGAGGCAUGAGUUGGGGAAUCUCACCCUGGGAUAUUAUAUACUGGAUUCCUGCAAUGAUGUUACCACUGCCCUGAUGAACACCCAGUCCUUCAUGAAGAGAAAUGAUGGUACAGAGCAGACCCAACCACCUGUGUUGGCCGUUGUCGGUGAUUACUACUCGGAGAUAUCCAUAGCGGUUACAAGGCAUCUUCACCUGGAGUACAUCCCACAGAUAAGUUAUGGUGCAACCUCUGGUGUCCUGAGUGAUAAAGCGCGUUUUCCAAGCUUUAUGAGGACAGUACCAGAGGACGAUCACCAAGCGCAGGCCAUCGUUGAGAUUCUACAGAAUCAUAACUGGACCUGGGUUGGUGUAGUGACAACUGAUAGUGACUACGGGCGCUACAUAGUUGAACACCUCCAGAAACAUGCAGCCAACAAAAACAUCUGCUUUGCCUUUACCUCUAUUAUUCCAGAUGAUCUGGGUCACAAAAGACUCAAUAAAAGCAUCAGUGCUGCAGUCAAGAGAAUUACUGAGAAUAAAAAUGUCUCAGUCAUUGUGUCCUUCGCCAGACCUCACCACAUGAUGUAUAUUUUUGAGCAUCUUCUCAAGGUUCCUGAAGGCAGAGGGAAAGUUUGGGUGGCCAGUGACAUUUGGUCAGAAACCGCUGAUGUAGUGAAAAACCAUAAUCUGAGUGACAUAGGAACAAUAUUUGGGACAACUCUUAAGUCUGGAAACUCAACCAGGUUGAAGCAGUAUCUCAGUAAUCUUGAUGUAAACCCACAGCACCACAAGAACAAUACAUUCUUGUAUAACUUUCUAAAGGAACAAGAACCAAAAAAUAAGAGAUGGAAAGCUGCACUGAACACCAGUUCCCCACGGGGAGAAGUGGGUACGAAACUCGACCACCCUGUCAGACUGGAGCACAGUGAGAAUCCCAAUGCCACAGCCACUGAGGUAUUAAUGAAGAAGAUAUAUCCAUAUGCUGUGUUCAGCGUUGAGUUGGCAGUUAGAGCGAUUGCUCAGGCUGUUGCAGACCUCUGCGUCAACCGGGACUGUAAAACUAACGAGAGAUUAGAUCCCGUGGAGCUUCGAGAAGCCUUAAGGAAAGCAACUUUCCUCAUGCAUGGUAAAAACUACUCAUUCGACAGCAAGGGUGACCUCAACUCAGGAUAUGAUAUCAUCCUGUGGAGGCAGACUUCACCAACCUUUGUUGAUGUGCACUACGUUGUUGCUCAUUACAGUAUAGAAAAUGAGAGCCUGACUUUCGUCUCACAGAAGGCAUUUGAAGAUGUCAAUAAUGUCACAGGAGAUGUGGUUUCCAGGUGCUCGGAAAGCUGUCGCCCAGGCCAAAUGAAACAGUCGAUUCCGGGCAUGCCUGUUUGCUGCUAUGAAUGCCAACCCUGUCCUGAAAACUACUUUUCCAACACCAGCAAUUCCCCCCAGUGUUAUGAGUGCAACAAAAACACGGAUUACUCCUCCAAGGAACGUGACAAGUGUCUCCGUAAGAAAACUGUUUUCUUUUAUUGGACAGAUGUGUAUCAUCACGUGCUGCAGGCAUUUACUGCUCUAGGAGCGCUGCUUACCAUUGUUGUUGGGAUCAUCUUCCUUGCACGCUGGAAUACCCCUGUUGUGCGUGCAUCUGUGGGACCCAUCUGCAUCAUCCUCCUCCUCUCUCUCUUGAGCACAUUUGUGAGUGUGAUUUUAUUUGGUGGUGAACCCAACAACAAGCAGUGCCAAGCACGGCAGGUACUGUUUGGCUUGAGCUUCACCAUGUGUGUCUCCUGCAUCAUGGUCAAGUCCUUUAAGAUCAUCUUGGCCUUUGAGUUUGACCCCAGCGUUAAGAGAGUCCUGAAGAAGCUCUACAAGCCUUAUAUCAUUAUUGCAGUAUGCAUGGCAGGUCAAGUGCUGAUCUGUGCCCUGUGGCUUUCACUUGGGCCUCCAGUACGUGAAUGGAAGGAACUGAGUAAGAAAGACGAGCGCUUGCUCAUUUGCAGUGAGAAGUCCUUUUCUGCUUUUGGAGCCAUGCUAGGCUAUAUUGGUGUUUUAGCCCUCAUCUGUUUUGGCGUUGCUUUCAAGGGCAGAAAGCUGCCUGAAAGUUACAAUGAUGCAAAGUUCAUCACCUUUGCUAUGCUGAUUUACUUCAUCUGCUGGAUCAUUUUUGGCCCAGUUUAUGUCAAUGUCAUAGGCCGCUACCAUCCAGCAGUGGAGAUGGUCGUCAUCCUCAUCUCAGCCUAUGGCAUCCUGUUCUGUCAGUUCUUUGUAAAGUGUUACAUUAUUCUGUUCAAGCAGAACGCAAACACAGAAGCUGCUUUCCGCCAGGAUGUUAGGAAUUAUUCCUUGAGUCAAAUCAAGGAUGAGGCUGGUAAUUGGGUCUUAACUCCAUCUAGCUCUGGAGGGAUCCAAAACACUGCUGUGGAUGUGGAGUCACAAAUCUCAAGUUCAGAUCAAAAGAUUGACCAGAUCCCAUCCAUGAGUACUCAUCCGUCAUCCUUCUUUCUAUCAGCCUUGAAUCCACGGCUCAUAACGCUGCAGAGCAACAGCAAUAAGAGGCAGUUAAGGAGAUACUUAAGCUCGCCAGCAUAAAUAACAAAGUGAUCCUUUAACUUUUUAUUUAUGACCACCAUGAGGUUGAAAACUAAAGCUAAACUAAGCUGUUCAACAUGACUACAAAAGCGCAAGUUUGUAUUAAAUCAUUGUGAGCAUGUUAGCUAAUUGACAUUAGCAUUUAGCUCAAAGCACCACAGUGCCCUAAUAACAUCCUUUCAGAGUAGCACUUCUAUUACUUGAAAAAUGAAUGAAACGAUUGCUUGAUUAUCACAAUUGUUGCUGAUAAGCAGCUCCAAAUUUCAUAUCGAAAGUAUUUCAUGACAAAAAUACUCACAAAUGAAUGAUUGUAGCACAUCUUUAUGUAUACAGUAUAAUGGUAAAUUGCACAAAAUAACUUGUCACAUUUAAGCUUUGAUUAUAGUCAUGUUUUAAUGAUGUAAUAAAUCAAUAGAUGAAUGGGACAAAACACUGUAGUGGGCUGUCCUAGAUUCUGAUUAUUCCUGAUGUACAAAAACUCCUGUUCAAAGCAGCACCAAUCAAUACUCUACUCUGUAAUGACUGUAUUCUCUGUUAUAUUUUUGUAUUCAUCUAUUUAAAAUAUCUAAAAUAAAGAAUAUCUUUCUA